UGUCGCACAACGGUCACACUUGUCGAAAACGUCACACACAAAUUUCAUUCUUUUUUUGUUUUGAUUGUGCGAAUUUUGUAUAGGGGCAAACCGACUUUGGAAACAUCGGGAAAACACUGGCGGCAAUUAUGGAGACCGCGACAAGCAGCAGCGACACACCAGCAACGUCAGCCGCACCCCCAGUCCAAGCCGCAGAGAAAUGGGGCUUUCCGCUGCAAGAACUCUACCGACUUGCAUUCACAUUCUACAAACAGAACUCGGGCAAAGCCAUUCACUUGUCCUACGAGGACAAUCUAAAGCUAAUUGCCUUCAAGCAGCAGGCCUCGCUGGGACCCUUCAAAACGAACGAUGCCCCGGCUUUGGGCGUGCUCGAUGUGAUUGGCCGCGAUCGCCAGCAGCACUGGCAGCUUCUGGGCGACACAAGCCGCGAGCAGGCAAUGGAGGGGUUCAUUGAUCUGCUGGACACGAUGUGCAGUGCAUUUCGGCCCUACAUCGAGGCGGUGCGUCAGGAUCGCGAUGAGACUUUGCGCAAAGACCUGCGCCGCAUGGAACUCGAGAAGGAGGUGGCACAGAAGCAGGAGCGCGAGCAGCAGGAGCUGCUGGAGGAGGGCUACAAGGAGGAGCUGCAACGUCGUCAGCUGCAGGACGCUCUCAACAAGCAGACCUAUCAGCAGUUCAAGCUUUAUGCCGAGAAACAGUUUCCGGGAAAUCCAGAGCAGCAGGCUGUGCUCAUACACCAGUUGCAGCGGGAGCACUACCAUCAGUAUAUGCAGCAGUUGCAUUUGCAAAAUCAAAACCAAACACAGGCGCAGACACAGACACAGAACCAGACCCAGGUACAGGAAAAAGCACAGCAGGAAAAGGAGGACAUGCCUCCAGCCAACAACAAUAAUAGCAGCAUCGAGCUAGCGAAUGCCAUGGAGGGUUUAAAACUGAACGAUUUUGAGCAGCAGACAGUGGCGCAGCAGGAGCAGGGGCAGGGGCAUGACGAACAGGUACAGACACAGGUUGGCGGGGAGUAUGGACAGGAGACUGGACAUCAUGGAAGCGAUGAGUACGAUGAUUAUGUGAUGAUACGACCCGCCAAAAUCUGGACACGACCCGACAUCGAGCAGUUCAAGACUGAAGUGUCUGCAGGCGAUGGCGAUGGCGUCAUUACCAUUGGCCAUGGCGACACGGUGACGGUUCGUGUGCCCACCAAUAUGAAUGGAAAGUGCAUCUUUUGGGAAUUUGCCACGGACAACUACGACAUUGGAUUUGGCAUUUACUUUGAGUGGGCCAAGCCGGUGACCAAUGAGGUGACGGUGCACGUGAGUGACAGCGAUGAGGAGGAGGAUUGCGUGGAUGAGGACUAUCUGUCCACCACCGAGGACUUGGAGUCGGGCACAUUGUCGCAGGACCACACUGGCCUGAACAAUCCGACUGCCGCCUCAAAGGCGCCCAUCUCAAUUAUUGUGCCCAUCUAUCGGCGCGAAUGCUACAACGAGGUCUAUGUCGGCUCGCACUCCUACCCCGGCGAGGGCGUCUACUUGCUGAAGUUCGACAACAGCUACAGCAUCUGGCGCUCCAAAACCCUGUACUAUCGCGUCUACUAUGAGCGCUAAGAGGCCAAAUAGGUAUACCCAUACCCCUCCCAGUUACUUAAGCGGAAUCAAUUAAUCUAAAUCUAAAUAUUCACUGUGCAAGCCGCCAUUGCAUGGCUCUGUGCACAUUCUGUGUGGGUGUUGGUGUAUGUAUUAUGUGUGUGUAUACCUGUGCGUGGUAUACGUUAAUCCAUCUCCAAAAAAUCAAAACAAAA